UUAAAUGUAUUUUACGUGGAAACAUCGGGAUGUGAAGCAAAAUUUGGAUUCAUAAGCAACUAUUGCUUUGCAAACUAUGACAAUUAAGUUGCAUCUUGGUAGUUUUAAAGUUUAGCAGCGCGUCCCGUGUGAGCUGCAGGCUACCUAAACGGUAAUUGGAGGCACCUGAGGAAAUUGCGGUGCAAGGUGGGACGGUUCUGCCUCGUGCGUACACCGGGGGCGCGCUCCUGGCUCCAUAUCACUGACACUUAAUUUAAUUCUCUGGCUCCACGAGACUGACGUCCAUUACGGAACGAGCACGAGCAGCGAAGAAAAGCCCCGAACAUGCACGCCGAUAUCCAUCAAAUGACACAAAACACGUGCUGUCAUAUUUAGCUGGUCAGGAUCCAAAAUUAAAUCCGAGCAUAAGCUUUAAUUGUCGCGCACCGGAGUGACUAACAAGCGCAGCUGACAGCCUGUUUGUGUUUGCACCCUGCGGUCAGUUGCUGGGGACGCACGUUGUAAAAUGAGGUUUGGAAGCAUCAUUGUAAUCGUCGCUCUCUGCUCUUUUACCGCUUAUUAUAUCUAUGAGCCCAUUCCUGAGGAGAUAGAGGAGAGAUGGAAACUCAUGCUGACCAACUCUUUCUUCAGAAGUCUCAGCCACCUGGCAGACCUCAGUGAAUUACUGGGGCUGAAGGACUACAUGGGGGUUAUGUACUUCAUCACUCUGGCUGAAAAGGUAGUGCCUGUGUCUGACGAACAUGUCAAGGUGAAGGAGGAGACAUUUGAUGGAGUGGAGGUGGUGCUGUACCAGCCAAAGCAGAGAGGCGGUGACGCUGAGCUCAGGAGAGCUGUCAUAUACCUGCACGGUGGAGGAUGGUGUCUGGGUAGUUCCCGGAUGAGUCCAUAUGAUCUCCUGGCCAGAAAAUUGGUCACCGAGCUAGAUGCAGUGGUUCUGUCUGUGGAGUACAGACUUGCCCCUGCUCACCACUUCCCUGUCCCAUACGAGGACGUAUACCGUGUGGUCAAACACUUCCUCCAGAAGGGGGUGCUGGCCAAGUACUCUGUGAACCCAGGACGCAUUGCUGUGUCUGGGGAUAGUGCUGGAGGGAACCUGGCAGCUGCUGUCUCUCAGCAGUUACAAAAAGAGCCUGGACAGCAGGUUCAGUUGAAGGCCCAAGCACUCAUCUACCCCGUACUGCAGGCUCUGGAUCUCAACACGCCUUCCUAUCAGCAGAAUCAGGACAUGCCCAUUCUGCCCCGCACCCUCAUGGUGCGUUUCUGGAGUGAGUACUUCACCAGCGACAAGGCCCUUUUCAGAGCCAUGAUGGCCAACACUCACAACAACCCUGAGUCUUCCAGCCUGCUGAAGUUCGUCAACUGGAGCGCCUUUCUGCCAGAAAUGUAUCAUAGAAAAUACAACUAUAGUGCUCCUGCUGUAGUGCAAGGAGCCGGAGGAGAUGGAGUUGGGAUGGAUGGACCAUCUCAAUCUUUUGCCGACCCAAGGGCAUCACCCCUGCUGGUUCCAGACUCCGCUUUACGCUCUCUGCCCAAGGCCUACAUCCUGACAUGUGAGUAUGAUGUUCUCCGAGAUGAUGGGAUCAUGUAUGUCACACGGCUCCGUUCUGCUGGUGUUGAGGUGACGCAUGAACACUAUGACACAGGAUUUCAUGGAGGGUUGAUGUUCACUGUGUGGCCAACUGACUUCCUGAUCGCACGUCGCAUGACAAACAACUAUAUCAAAUGGCUGGAGGAAAACUUGUAAAAAAACCUCUUGACUAUCAAUAUUCAUUCCAACUUUUCCACACAAUGCACCAGUGUUUAAUUAGGCGCAUUUUUUCCCAUCUGGUGUUAAAGUUGUCUUUUUCUUGGGUCAUGCUACUUUUCUUCAAAUAUAUUGAGAAAUAAUAACGUCUUCUGUUUUUCCACUCAUGGACCACAUUAGAUACCAGUAGGAAGGAUUUUGAAAAGAAUAGUGUUGAUUUGUUCACAUACAGUAAGGUGGUGUGAGUAGAACACUAGACAUAUGCCACCAUUACUCAAGCACUGUACUUGAUUGUAGUACAGUAUUGUGUUCAUUGUCCACCAAACACAAUACUACCCAGAGAGAUCAGCGGGGGAAAAUCAAACUGGAAUAUCACAAAAGUUGUCAUGUUGUGGAUAGUUUUUUUUAGCUGGCUAACUGGCCUUUUGUGGUGCUGUUCAUUCUUGUUUCCCGUUACAAAACCUUCUACCUGAUCUUAUUUUACUGUUAGAUUUUAAAUUGGCAAUGUGUGCCACAAGAGAAAUUGGAGCUAUCCCAUUUGGGGUUUUAAAAAUCCUGAGUAAGUCUUGGAAAAGGAGGAAAGGAUUUUCACAAAAGCAAAAAAUGACUAAGCCAAAGUUAAUAUUGAGUGCAGCUGAUACUGAAACCUAAGAUUGUUUAAAUGUGUUUGGAAAAACACCAUAACAACUGAUGGUUCUUGAUAUUGCAUCAAUGAUUGGCAAGUGUUUAAAUACAGCAACACUGUUUUCCACAAGGAAAGAACAAGGCCUUAGUUGUGUAACCCAUACACAUAGGGAGGUGCUUGUUGGUAUGAUAAAAUAUUUAGAUUGAAGAGUGAAUGUUAUCUUCAUCAGCACAACAUCUAAUUACAUCUAGUUUAUUUCCACAUGCAUGCUUUUAAGUCUUUUUGUAAUGGCUGCACAUCAGGUUGUAGCGUUGAUGCUGAUAGCAGAUUGUACAAAUACUAAUUAAUUAAUAUCAAGAUAUGUAACAAUAAGUAAUAACUAAAUGAUUUAUAAACCUAUACAUUAGUAUAAAACAAUGAUGGUAUUCAGCUUACGCCAAACCACCAUUAGUUUAACUGAUUUAACAGAAGAUUCAAUUUUGGACGCCCCCCAAUUUUGGAAAGAUUCUAAAUUUUAUAUGAAUCAAAUAAAUCUUAAUUUCAGGGUUGCUACGGAGUUCUUCUUAAAGUAUACGGAGACUUAUUAUUUCACAUACACACAAAUCAAAUGAUCAAGUUCUUUAUACAUUAAAUAUUUAUUGGACUUACUACAUACUAAAAUAUUAAACAAAUAAAAUGAAUAAACAAUAAAAUAAACAAAGUGAAGGGGAUGAAUAAAGAAUAUGAUGGACAGUACAAUGAAUAAUGAUGAACCACAACUAAAUAAAAAGGAUCAUAUGUGACCAGGUAGAAUCAGUGACUCACAUCAUUGACUGAUUGUCUAUUGAUUUUAAUUUAAUUUAGAUCCUUAGUUCUAAGAUAUUUCUAUCUAGGAUUAUUUUAUUCUGUGACUUAAAUUGAUUUGGCCUAGGAGCAUCAAGAUGAUUUACAUCUGGAAAUGGUAUUGUUUCACCUGACGGCUCUGAUAGGCAGAUGGGAGGGAUGCAAUGGCGGCUGUUCCUCUUUUGAAAUCUGCAUCUGGUUGGAUGAUUGUAAUUUGUUGAAUCACACUCUCCAUCGCUCGCUGGAUUCGGCUUUCUCUGAUAUCUUCCGAACCCGGUCGUCUUCUUCGUUGAGGUUUGGCUGGAACCGUUCUUCCUCAUCCUCAUCUUUCUCAGCAGAAUGCUGAAUCAUCGUAUUAGUCGACAGGUCAGGAACACAAUACCAGAGAAGAGGCGGAACUGGCAGAACCGCGAGGGAGAGAUCUGACAUGCAGGAUUCAAAGAUGUCAAUAAUAUUUGUGGUAUUUUAGAAACCAGGUGAAGGGAGGCACUUCUUUAGGUUCUUGCUUCUCAGGUUGGCUGGAUGUCCUCUCAGCCUGUGGAGAUGUUCCUGCUAGCAGAGGGCCUUCGAGCCUGCGGACGGACAGAACUGGAAACAGCCUUGCAUUUUGUAAAUUUGACUUUCUACAUCAGGGGUAUUUAAUUAAAAUGGAAAGAGGUCCAGCAAAGAUCCGAACCUCAUAAUGUCCGAAUUGCAUUCUGUAGCCUACCCUUACAUCGAUUAAAUAAUUCAACAGUCAUUUCUAGUAGGUUGACUUGAUCGGCUCAAUUGAGUGAAGCUAUUGCCGCAUUAAUUGGAUUCGCUGCGCCUGCGGUUGGGGGAAGAAACAAUGCUGUCUGUGAAAAUUAUUGUUUAUAUACCAGAAAUUGUGACAGGUAGAACUGUCAUUCUAUUCGGUUUCUUUUUUUAAAUUGUAUUUAGUGAUGCCCGUUCUUCAAAUAAAAAAAAUAAAUAACCUACUAUAGCUAUAUUGGUUGUGAUUUAACGACAAUAAACCGACAAAAACGUAAUGAUGCCGAUUUGUAAAAAGUCUGAAUUCAUGUUUAGUUACUUCUCUCCGCAAG